AUGGGAUCCUUAGAGGGUCAUCUUGUUCCCGGAUCAAUGUUCAUAAUUUUAUCCGUGUGGUGGUUUAUCGGUGAAGUCUUGCAGGACCGCUUAGGAAAUGGCAUCGCUGCUCGAGCAAAAACUGAACCUGGGAAACGUCAGUCAAAACUGAUCCAUCCGUUAUGGUACCCUUGUCCCGGGCACGGGAAACUUUCAAAAUUCCCCGUGGAACCUGUAAUAAAAGUAGUUUUCGCCAUCCUUGGUGUAAUAGCCGAGCUUCCAGCCUCCAAAGCAACAGCCUUAUUUGACGAGAAGGGAGAAUUUGUACCCAGUCAUGUGGAUAAUUAUGCGCACACCGCUAUGUACUCCUUCUUUGGCCUGACAGGCGUCGUUGACCUUGUAAUGGUGUACAAAUUACUGCCUCUUCCACCAAAGUUUGACUACCUGGUCUUCUCGAUGGCCUUUUGGAUGGAAGGACUUUUGUUUUUCUUCCAUCUACACGGACGAGACGAGCUCAAUGUUCGCCUGCACACAAUACUCUACAUUGUUAUUUUGGUGUCAGGUGCUGUAUUUUUCUUGGCGGCUAUUUCUGAUCAAUUUUUUCAAAUUACCGGUUUCUUAAAAGCUUAUUUGUUAAGCUUACAAGGCAGUUGGUUUUUCCAAAUUGGAUUUGUCCUUUUUGGGCCGAAUCGAUGGAAGAAUGUUCCUUCUAAUGUAGAGUUUGUUGGGAUCGCGUUUUCUCUUCAUGCCAUAAUUCUAAUUGUGAUGCACCUGAGUGGACACAUAAUUUGCUACCAAUGCUUUGUAAAACAGAAAAAGAGCAAUGAAAUAUUUCUGGAAGAAAUGCACGAAGAAGCACUGAUGUUGGAAGAACCUUAGAUAAAUGGAAAAAAAGUGGGGAUAAAAAGAUUCCGCUCUUCAACGGACACAUGAGAAAACCGGGAGAAUCAGUCAAAAUGAACGAACCAAAUUGCGGAUAUUUUUAAUAUCAAGGAGAAUACUAAUAGUAAGAGAUAUAACCUAAGAAAUGCAGAUUUUCUCUUACCUCGGUUUAAAACUCUUACUUAUGGAAGACAUUCUCUCAGAUUUCUCGGACCACAAUUGUGGUCAAAAUUAAGCAAGGAGGAGAGAAAUAUUGGGACUUUGGCAACUUUUAGGACAAUGAUACGUAAGAAGGAUGUAACAUCAUUUCUUGAAGGAUGUGGGAGUGAAUGCCGCUUAUGCUUAGGUUAACGAGGCCUUCCAAGGGGGGUAGCUGUGUCGCAAUGUCGCUUGCUUUAGGAGACCGUUGUCGCCUAAUCUACAGCUGCAAAUGUCGCUGUCGUUUUUUGAAGUGUACAUAACUGUACCAGUAAUUUUUGUUUUGCGAGAAACUGUUUCGCAACAGGGCUAUAACAGGAUUUUCAUGAUGGUCAGUUGGCAAAACUUUGUGAGCGGCGAAGGAUGAACGCUUCUUCUUCUUUAAGGGUAGGCUCCUGCGGGAAAAUUUGGAAAAUCUGAACCCUCAGAAAUGCAAUUUCCUGUAUUCUGAGUCACUUUUAUUGAUAAAAUGCACAACUUUCCAAUGUCACCGUCGUUUUUCACUGUUAAGUAUGUCGCUGUCGCAUUUUAGCAGCGUAGGCAUGUCACUUCUCGCUUUUUAAAAAUUCCCAUGUCGCCAGUUUUCAGGGCCGUGUCGCAUGUCGCUUUUACCCCUUGGAAGGCCUCGUUAACUGGACGUGCACAUAUUUACUUAUUCAUUUUAGCGUCCGAGCUCAUAUAUGCAUUUAGUUUUUAUUUUGUAAAUUAGAACUUAGCUUCAAAGUGUUAAAGAGUAAAUUUAGAACUUAGUUUUACAGUCAAACCAAGUCAAGCGUACCCCCCAAGAACCCAUUAAUGAAUUUAUUAUUCAAAAGUUGAAUCCGUUGGUAGUUGUAGAUUUCAGAUUGACCUCUGCACUCUUGCAUGUGUAAUGAGCCGUGAAUUCAUACGCGAGGCAGUUAUGAAAUUUCUACCAGCUCCGUUUUCCUGAAUUUGAUGUAAAUGUCUUCUAAGAAACUUAAUCCAUUCAAAGAUUUUCAAUCUGACCAAAUACAGAGAAGUUAUCGUAAAAUAUUCACUGCUCAUUACGCAUGUAGAAAUGGCGCUUUGAAUUUGACACCAGUUACGGGAACGACCGGUCAGUAUAAAACACGGACUGCGGACUGCGGACUGGGUAUAAAAUAUGGACUAGGUAUAAUGUGCGGACUGCGGACUGGGUAUAAAAUACGGACUACGGACUACUUUCGUAAAAACGGUGCUAAUUGGUUCUAGGUAAGGAAAAAUAAGAUCAAAAGAUCGCUAAAUAGCAAGACACGUGAGUUAAAGUUGUAAAUACUCCUAUAAAUUCUUGGUGGAGGUGUGCCGCCCGGUUCUCUGAAUCAUGAGCCGGAUCAAAAUGCUAUUUUCUUCACCCAUUUUUAGACCUCGUCUCGGUCUCUAACAAUCAUGAAAGGGGUCAGGAUCAGGGGGGUACUCCCUUAUAUAAGGGAAGGGUAGGGGUUUUGGGCCUUUUUGGUCUGAAAACACUUUGCCCAUUUUGGUCUGGAAUCGGUAUGGUUUUUCGAGGGAACUACGGGAGAGUACAUGAAUGGACGUAUUUAUCGUUUCAAUUCCAAAUGAAUAAGAACAAAAUAGAAAUGUGCGAAUUCGAAAUGCAUUUGGAGAAUUUUUUUGUCUCCGCUCUAACUUGAUAAUGCCGGAUGACCUAAUUUCUACCUAAUUAUACCUAACCUGUUCCAGGCUCCGAGAUAGCUGGGUCCGCUGAAUUGAGAAAGCGCGAACACGAAAAUAAAACGGGAAAAAACUGGGGAGUCUCCUCAACUAUCUGAGAGCCUGGAACAGGCUAAAUUAGGCCACGUCCGAAAAUGGGUAUGGAUUUUAGAGAUCUGGACUGAAAAUGGGUGUGGAAAAUAACAUGUUUUGGUCUGCAAUAAGGUCAGGAUUCGGAGAACCGGGCACCACCCCCCACCAAGAAUUCCCAGUAGUACCCCCCCUUCGGGGAUCAGGAGCAGGGUGUAAAUCAUGUCAUCAUAAUCAUCUCUUGGAAUAUAACGUUGGAUGACUCAUUUCGGUUAUUAUUCACGUAUGUGAGUAAUCCCUCCCCCCUUGCCCUCCCCCCAAAAUACCGCUUUUGUGCAUCGCGGAAUGCCCUACAUUUACCUUCUCGUCUGCUGAGUUCUUCAUUCAGUCCUCAUACGGAAUUGUGGCAUUCGAUAAGAAUUUUCCUGAUCUGACUAACACCAAUACUAUUUUUUUAAUUCGGUGCUUCUUAUUGGUUUAAAACUGCAAAUUGAAAUCUCUUCUAACUCCUUCUUUUUAUAAAAUUCAGAGUUAAAUUUCAGUUGCCUUGAGUACCGGCAUAACCUUCCUUCUCCGUGGGAAGAAUAGACUACGUGAACAGCCAAGGGAAUGUUAAAGCUGGGACUACUGUUUUUGCUAGUCUGCUUUCCAUUUCUCUCAGUUUUACCUUUCUAAAGCUGUUUUUAUUUACAUAGUCCGUAGUCCGCGUUUUAUACCCAGUCCGUGUUUUAUACUCAGUCCGGAGUCCGCAUUUUAUACCUAGUCCGUAUUUUAUACCCAGUCACCACCAAUUUUUUGCCCAAGUUUUUCCAUCUUUCUAAGUUUAAAAGCUAACUUAAUUCUGUAUGCUAACUCAGUGAAGUGAAUCAGGGUUAUAAAAUCAGGUCUCUUGGCAUAAAAAGGGUGGGGGAAAUGAACAAUCUGACCUACUAUCCAUACUCUCUUUCAGUGCAAGCCCAGGGAGGUGAUCUCACAUUUUAAUACCUUUUUACCACUUGUUUUAACAGCAAAGUCAGUGAAGGUCUAUGGUCUCUGAAAAAUGUUUUUGCCUGCCUCAACACAAGUUUCUAACUGUUAUUGUUGACUACAAAAUUAAUAAUAUUAUCUUAAUAAUCAUUUUACAUUUUUUUCCAAGACAUCCUUUGGUGUUUUGCAUAUCCACUAGAACAAGGUAAUUUUUAAGUUGAGAGGGUUUGAUUUCAUUAACUACAUUUUUAUACAGACACAAACUAACCUGGCAGGUUGAUGUCCAAAAGUGUAAAAAAUUACAUGCAACUAUAUGGAAAAAACUGAUCAUCGUGGCCAAAGGAAAGGCAAAAAUAGAAAUGUCACCAUUUUCCUGACUUUAUACAUUCCCUUGGAAGCAUAUUUAGCCAGAUGUAGUCCUUGUCAAAACAUGCAAACUUUAAGAUUUAUUUUCUGAACUUAGCUAAUCUUUUUUAAACCAUAAUCUUGUCCAAGGGGUAGUGUAGUUUUUAAAAAUUAUAACUUUUCCCUCUUUUUUUGCAACAAAACACACUUGAAUUAGGACUCAAACUGAAGCAGUGUAGUAACUGCUGUCAUGAAAAGAGAAUUCCAAACACACAAGAUAAUUACCCUUUCAUCUGCCUAAGAUUCAUUUGUUAGAAACUACGGUAAAGUUUAAAUUAAAUCGCACGAAGAAACGAACUUAAGCAUAUCAACAUGUGCAAAAUCAAGAGAGAAUGAUCUCUUGGCAAAAUUUAUUUAGUUUCUAGUACAUAAAGAAAUACAUGAACUACGAGAUUUGACCAUGCCACUCAAUCAUCCAACGCAACUCUGCCAGGAUAAGUUCACAAUCAAGGACGUAGAACUGAGAAUCUCAAUCAUCAUUUCUUGUGGUCUUAAAGGAGUAGCCGUAAACAACUCUCAGCUGAACUCUGACAACUCGUCUACUCAACCACAUGCCAGUCACCGCACUUUUUUUUAAUACCUCGAAGAAUUAAUUUUGGGCCUUUCGAUUGAAAAUAUAAACUCUUCUACAUACGUAUUGGAGGGUUGACCCUUCUUUCACUCUUGCAAUUCGUGGGUCGUUUAAAGAGAAACAAAUCAUCAAAAGGUCGGGCAUCGAGAAACAUGUUCACUGGUCUCGUUCUUACCGUAGUAAACCGGGCCGCAUUUAAUGACAAACGCAAGACCAGAAGAAAGGAAAACGUAAGCUCCACAUUACCGCGGAACAAAACGAAGAAACCAAUGACCAACGGGACCAAAAGGAACUUCACUUCACACUGCCGAAUCGCUGCGAAGAAGCUGCUACGACGAACUUGUUGUUUUCCCAACCCGUUUCGCGCAUAGUCGCUACAUUUUUCGGAUGAUUGACAUAUUUCUUAACUGGGGCGAUCAUGGAAAGCCGAAAAGCGGCAAGAUCAAAGGCCGUUGCCAGCCCCCCCUGAUGUAAACACACGGCAGCGCAGUGUGUCAACGUGGCAAGUGUUGUGGGAAAAACUUUGUUCAAACGACAAUGGGAUCCUUAGAAGGUCAUGUCGUUCCCGGAUCAAUGUUCAUAAUUUUAUCCGUGUGGUGGUUUAUCGGUGAAGUCUUGCAGGACCGCUUAGGAAAUGGCAUCGCUGCUCGAGCAAAAACUGAACCUGGGAAACGUCAGUCAAAACUGAUCCAUCCGUUAUGGUACCCAUGUCCCGGGCACGGGAAACUUUCAAAAUUCCCCGUGGAACCUGUAAUAAAAGUAGUUUUCGCCAUCCUUGGUGUAAUAGCCGAGCUUCCAGCCUCCAAAGCAACAGCCUUAUUUGACGAGAAGGGAGAAUUUGUACCCAGUCAUGUGGAUAAUUAUGCGCACACCGCUAUGUACUCCUUCUUUGGCCUGACAGGCGUCGUUGACCUUGUAAUGGUGUACAAAUUACUGCCUCUUCCACCAAAGUUUGACUACCUGGUCUUCUCGAUGGCCUUUUGGAUGGAAGGACUUUUGUUUUUCUUCCAUCUACACGGACGAGACGAGCUCAAUGUUCGCCUGCACACAAUACUCUACAUUGUUAUUUUGGUGUCAGGUGCUGUAUUUUUCUUGGCGGCUAUUUCUGAUCAAUUUUUUCAAAUUACCGGUUUCUUAAAAGCUUAUUUGUUAAGCUUACAAGGCAGUUGGUUUUUCCAAAUUGGAUUUGUCCUUUUUGGGCCGAAUCGAUGGAAGAAUGUUCCUUCUAAUGUAGAGUUUGUUGGGAUCGCGUUUGCUUUUCAUGCCAUAAUUCUAAUUGUGAUGCACCUGAGUGGACACAUAAUUUGCUACCAAUGCUUUGUAAAACAGAAAAAGAGCAAUGAAAUAUUUCUGGAAGAAAUGUACGAAGAAGCACUGAUGUUGGAAGAACCUUAG